CCUCCUUCCACUACCUCAGUCAAAUGCCUCAUCUCUAUUCACUCACUUGCUCAGGCGCUCUUCAAGGAAAUCCCAACAGACUCCUUUCACCUCUCCUUCUCUCACAGACGCACUCUUAACAAUCAACAAUGUCCACUAACAAGAAAAAGCUCCUUUUCAAAACAGUCUCGGUGAACUUAGGCUGUAGCAGCUGCAAGAAACCAAAACUUUCCAAUAUAUUCCAGCCAAAACCAAAACCCCAAACCCCCACUUACAGAAAACACAAGAAGGAUCUCUACUGCUCCUCUUCUUCGACCUCUUCAACAAAAAUAACCACAAACCAAUCUCGAAACGACCAUGAAUAUCAUGACACCCCUUCCACUUUCUCUCCAUCAGUGGACACACCACCGUAUUUCUUCUCUGACACAGACAACAGCGGGACGUGUUCAAGAGCCGUGCGAGGAUUUGGGCGUGUUGGAGGUGAAAGCGUUGCUGUUGAGAAAGAUUCCGAUGACCCUUAUCUGGAUUUUAGACACUCAAUGUUGCAUAUGAUACUGGAGAAGCAGAUUUACUCAAAGGAUGAUCUUAGACAGCUCCUUGAUUGUUUCUUGCAGCUAAAUUCUCCUUACUAUCAUGGGAUUAUCGUUAGAGCUUUCACUGAGAUCUGGAAUGGAGUCUUCUCUGCGAGGUCUAAUACCACUACAGGUUCCGAGAAGCAGCUGCAUUAUUACUAUGGCUGCUAGUCACGUGACUUGUGAAAAUGGUUCUUGCUGUUCUGCACGUGAACGUCUUGUCGGGGUACAAAAUAAUUCGUUUGUAGAAUGAACGGUCGCAUAAUAAAGUGGAAGUCUUUUUUUCCUUGUUGACAUGAAAUUUUAUGUUUUAGCGUAGGCAUUCUGUGUAUGUAAUGGCAAAAAUGUCGAAGAGACAUUUCUAACUUUUGUACCUUUGUGGGUUUAUGUAAUGACAAAAGCACAAAUAUUGGAGUCGUA